CUUUAUUUAUGUUAUGCAAUGGUGUAACACAGUAACCUGGCGGCAUUGUGCUUGUGUGCGCUACCUUCAAGCUAUUCUGAGGUUACCUGCUGACAAAGAGCGCGUUACACGAAUAUAUCAGAGACUGGAGGGAGUCGUUAGCGAGUAAUGUUGUAUUAUUUGGGACGGAGCGGACUCAGCAUGCAUGUAAUCGGCAGGAAAAGACAACGCGUCCAGCCGAGAUAAGUUACGCGUCCGUGUAGUAAAUGACACGCAACCGAGCGGUAAAGUCUUUUGCUUUCUCCUUUUUUAAUUUUUUUUUUUUAAAGGAGAAUAGUAUUUUUUUUUACUAACCCUCGCCGCCAUGGAGCUGCUGGAGUGCCCGCUCUGCCGCUUCCUGAUGUGGGAGCCGGUGAGCAUGACCUGCGGUCACACUUUCUGUCGGAGGUGUGCGGCCGCCUACCUGCCGUCGAAGUGCCCCGCGUGCAAAGAGAGGCUAAAAUCGAGAGAAACGAGGAGCAUGAAGAACAACGUGCUGCUCAUCGGGGUCAUCGAAAAGUGCUGCCCAGAGAACGCCGUGUUGAAGUGCCAUCUCCAGGAGAAGCUCCGUGCCAAACAAUACCAGGAGGCUUUAAUUGCUGCCAACGACGGGAUUCAAAAAGUUCCAGACGACUUGAGUCUGAAACUGUACAGAGUUGAAGCAAACUGUGGUCUGUUAAGUUUUCCUGAUGCUCUGACGGACCUUGACUACCUCUGCUGUCUUCGGCCCAACUGGACUGAGGGCUUCUUUCGCAAAGGGAACAUACUGUUGGAGAUGGCUCAGCUGACAGAAGCCCUCAUCCAGUUUUACCGUUGCCUCAAACUUCAAGCUGACUUUGUUCCUGCGAAGAAUCAGAUCAAGAAGGUCCUGGAAGCAGAGGGCAUGACAGUGCCAGAUGAUGCUUUCUGCAUCAUGCAGCUGUUGGGUGAUUACCUAAAAGCACCCUCCACCAUCACAAGCCUUAGCAGCACCCAGGGGCCGACAUACCCUGAGGGCAAACAUCCACAUGGCGACGCUGAGGGCAACGAGAGAAGAGAAACACACCAGGGCUCCAAAGCGAAGCACGAUGCAGGCACUGAGUGUUGCCUGAACCUCUGCCAGGCUGUUUCCUUCCUCCCUCCCACUGAAGAAGACGAGGAGAUGAUGACGAGGAACGAAGAUGUCAAUGGAAGAGAUGCAGGUUUCCACUGCAGAGAUAAAACUCUCAGUGUACUCACUGUGUCCGACUUCGAGUGCCCGCUCUGUAUCAGGUUGUUUUAUGAACCAGUCACCACUCCCUGCGGUCACACAUUCUGUAAAAACUGCAUAGAGAGAAGUCUGGACCAUAACCUGCGCUGUCCACUCUGCAAACAGCCACUACAAGAGUAUUUAAAAAAUAGAAAAUACAACUUGACAGUGGUGAUUCAGCACAUCAUGGACCGCCUCUUCCCCUCGCAGUUAGAUGAAAGGAAACAGAUCCACGAGGCCGAGAUGGCUGAAUUGUCAAACCUCACAAAGGACAUCCCUAUAUUUGUUUGCACUGUGGCUUACCCUGGCGUGCCCUGCCCGCUGCACAUUUUUGAGCCACGCUAUCGAUUGAUGAUGCGUCGCUGUAUGGAGACAGGAACAAAGAAGUUUGGCAUGUGCAGCUAUGAGCAUGGCAAAGGUUUUGCAGACUACGGCUGCAUGUUGGAGAUCCACGGCCUGGAGGUGCUGCCUGAUGGUCGCUCCUACGUUGACAGUGUGGGUUGCAGCAGGUUCAGAGUCCUCAAGAGAGGCUUACGUGAUGGCUACCAUACAGCUGAUAUCGAGCACCUGGAGGAUAUCAAGGUUGAAGGGACUGAAUUGGAGCUUUUGCAGCAUCUCCAUGAUAGUGUCUACCAGCAGGCCCAGGACUGGUACCAACGCCUUGGAAGCCGCAUGAGAGAACAAAUCAACAAACAGUAUGGCACCAUGCCCGACAUGGAUGAGAACAUACAGGACUCAUCCAAUGGUCCAGCAUGGUGCUGGUGGCUGUUGUCUGUCCUACAGCUGGACCCUGCCUAUCAAACCACUGUCCUCUCCCUCACCUCACUCAAAGAUCGUCUCGGACACCUACGCCUCAUCCUUGAGUACUUCUCUCAGAGCUAAACAUACGAUGGCAUUGUGGUGGCAUUUAUUGACAUAAAAAGAUCACAUAUUGCACACACACGGAUACAGUAUGUUAAGUGAAGCUAAGAGCCAACAACCCACUUAUUUUGUUUCAGUGAAUGAGUGAGGGACUGUUUUAAUAUCACAGCUCAAGGCCAAAUCAUACAGUCAAAUACAUAAAAUAAUUAUUGUAUUAAAAAAUAUAGAGCCGUUAGUCUAAUGUUUAUCAUUCAAAACACAACAAUAAACAUCAGCCCCUUGCAAGGCCUUCAGAUUAAGCUAAACUUUGUAUUAUUUAUCCAUCACAUACUUUAGCACAACAUUAUUUAUUUCCUAGUAAAUAAGUAAAUAAAUAAUUAUUUUGGAAAUCUGGAAACAUUUUGGUUGGAAACGUUACAAACAAGUGGCAAGUAAGUUGAAAUUUGUUGAAAUGAUAAAAAUGUUGAGAAAACACUAUUGCACUAUUUUAAAAAAUUCUGAUAACUAAUGUAACCUAACCUCGAACAUUCUACUUGAUUAUACGUUCAAAGUUCGUAUUUGCAUUGGAUAUGCAAGGAUUAAAACAGUAAAAAUAUUGUAAAUAGCGCAAUAGCUUAUGCCACUUUCUUGUGUCGUUUCCUACAUUUUGACAUAUAAAUACACUUUAGGUGAAUACAUUGGGUUUAACUGCAUUAUUAUCUGUAGACAAAAUGCAGUACAUUUUUUUAAAAGAGCACUAGGUGUCACUGUUUUCUUACAUUUUACACAAAUUACAUCAUCAGCCAGUUGGAACUCAAGGCUAUAAUGCAAUUUAAAGUUUUUUAGGAUUAUGCACAUAAGGAUUUAGAUGACUAUAUUUGGUAAGUUACUGAUUUUGCUUUACAGAAUCAUCACCCGAUGCUCCUUUAUGGCUUUAACAGACCUUUUUUUGGGGUCAUUUGAUACUUAAAAAAUAAGAAACUCCAUAUUUUCAAUAUUGCAAUACUAAUUUUUAGAGUAAUAUUUAAAGGUCACUACCCGAAGACCCUUUUCUUAUGAAUGAAAGCCACAACUUGUCUGUUUAACUGAUACUCUUUGCAACUUCGUGGUUGGGAAAAUAAUGUCGCUUCAGCUGCUGAGUUUUACAAACUUGUUGUGUUUGUGAAGACAAUGCCAGUGGAUCGUUCGUGGCAAUUAUGUAGAUAAGACUUUUUUGUUCCAUCUAUUAUUUUGGGUUAUAUUCUAAUGGCAUGGGCUCAUUUAAGAUGGCAAUGCCAGCUCUAUUAAAAGCACGGGUCUUAAACUCGCCGCCCAUAAUUUGUGGCCCUCUCCUUGAUUGUUUAAUGUAAUUGCGACCCGUGCACCCUGCAAUCGGUGCCUUAGGCUUUUUGUGGCCCUAAACAAGAUUUUGUAUGUUGCUUCAUUUCGGUCUUUUAAUAUUACUUGUAACACGCUAGAACAAAGGCUGAGGGCAGCCUGGUGAUUAUUGUAAUCCAGUUGUUCCUCGCCAAAGUUUUUGGCUUUGAAAGAUGAUCAUGUGGGUGUAAAUUAAUGUCUAGAGGACUUUCUUGGUGUUAAAACUGUAUUUAUAAAGUCAAACUGGAAGUACCACCUCAGAAAACUUGUCUCCACGCACCACCAUAAUGACCAAAAUUAAAUGCAGUAGCAUAGUAGGCCUGGAUAGUCAUUAAAAAUAAGGCAGAUGUUUUAUUUAACAAUUAUAUUAGAUUUUUUUUGACACUGUAACAUUACACACAGUUUAAAGAUUAACACUGUGUUUGAAUAUUUAAUCAAAAGAUUCUCUGGCCUACCACUAGUGGUACGCAUACCAAAGUUUGACAAAUCACUGCUAGAGCUAUAGGGCUUCACGGUGAAAGAGGGGUUAGUACGUCUGCCUCACAAUACAAACGCCCUGCAGUCCUGGGUUCAAAUCCAGGCUCGGGAUCUUUCUGUGUGGAGUUUGCAUGUUCUCCCCGUGAAUGCGUGGGUUCUCUCCGGGUACUCCGGCUUCCUCCCACUUCCAAAGACAUGCACCUGGGGAUAGGUUGAUUGGCAACAGUAAAUUGGCCCUAGUGUGUGUAUGUGAGUGUGAAUGUUGUCUGUCUAUCUGUGUUGGCCCUGUGAUGAGGUGGCGACUUGUCCAGGGUGUACCCCGCCUUCCGUCCGAUAUUAGCUGAGAUAGGCGCCAGCGCCCCCCGCGACCCCAAAAGGGAAUAAGCGGUAGAAAAUGGAUGGAUGGAUGGAUGCUAGAGCUAUGAAAAAUAUUCCAUUUAUAAUGAAUAAUUCCAGUUGCACGGGAAUUCAUUUACCAUGACAUGACUCGGAUCCAAUUAACAGCGAUAAAAUAUUUACUGUAUUACUCUUGGCGACCAGAAAGAAGUACAGUAGAUUAUGCUAUGGGAGCCUGAGUGUGCAUAUAAGAGACACAACCAACAAAAUGCAGUUCAAGUUGAUCUAUAAUUUGGUAAUGAGAAAUAAUGUAUUAUUAUUAUUUUACAAGUUAUGUAAAUAUUUGUAUUAAUCACAUUAAAACAAUAAACAAAAACACUACAUUGACAACUACAAUUCAGUUCAAUCUAAUUUGUUCAAUAGUCAUGUGUUUGUAUUCCAGGUAAUGUCCAAAGUUUAUAUAAAAAUGGAGCUAAGGAAAAAUAAAGUCUUGAAUAUCUCCUACUGCAGUGAAGCCAGUUCAAAACUGCUAUGCAGCUCCGACAUUAAUUGAAAAAGUAAACAAAACACAGUAAAUGGGCAAAAAGAUAUCCAUCCAUCCAUCCAUUUUCUAUCGGUUGUGCCUUUCGGAGCCACACGGGGGUGCUGGAGCCUAUCUCAGCUGCAUUCGGGCGGUAGGCGGGGCACACCCUGGACACAGACAACAUUCACACCCACAUUCACAAACUGGGGCCAAUUUAGUGUUGCCAAUCAACCUAUCCCCAGGUGCUUGUCUUUGGAAGUGGGAGGAAGCCGGAGUACCCGAAGGAAACCCACACAGUCACAGGAAGAAGAUGCAAACUCCACACAGAAAGAUCCCGAUCCCGGGAUUGAACUCAGGACCUUCCUAUUGUGAGGCACAUGCACUAACCCCUGUCUCACCGUGCAAAAAAUUAUUUAGACAGUAUAUAUUUAAGAAAAGGCUUGGCUACAAUACAAACUUGUAUAGUACAGUAGUUUUUAGAAAUAUGGCCGUAAAUCAGUAUAUUAAUCUUGAAUCCCACUGGACGUUGAUUAAAAUAACGGUGACAACACAACAAUUACAAAAAAACAAACACGUAUUGGGCAACACAAAGACCAACUAACAUUAAGCAAGGAGAAGUGCUCCAGAAAAUAUAAAAUAUUUACAUUAACUGUUAGAUUUAUAAUGACAGCUCAGGGUCACUCUAGCUGCUGGUAGAAGUAGUAAACAAAUGUACUCAAAUGUUUAAAAACGUGAAUCUGAAGUCUCAUACAGACUCUGCCCCCAGGUAAAUUGAGUUUGAGAUCCCUGAACUAAAGGCAUCAUCUGGUGAUAAGGAGGGAAAACUGCUAAAUAAAAUGGCCGGGGUCUAACUAGGAAUGCACUAAGCUACACUAAGGGGGGCACUUUGUCAUGAGUCAUUUUGCUUUGAGUGCCUGUCACAAGUCUUACAGCUUCUACCUGGAAAUAAUGAGAUACUGUGUGACUCUUACGCAUACUUUUAUAUGGAUUGAGUGCUACAUUCCAUAAAAUGUCAAAGCUGCAUGUUUUAUUGAUAAUUUGUAAGAACUGGGUAACACUAAAAUUAUUAUUUCUUUUUUUACUGUCGGAAAUGUGCCAUAGAUUGUGCGAUAUCUAGACAUUUUCACGGCAUCAAUGUUUAUGUUUACUGCCUUCUGCUGUGGUGGACAGGUAUUGUUUGACACAGAAACAGACUCAAUGUGAAACUUUACAAGUGGCAAGCAUGUUACUCACAAAUCCAGCAUGUCUCACCAAAUGAUGAAACAAUGGCGCUCUACCGAGCAGCUGACUCUAUAGGCCAUUUUCAGCAUGUUUUAUGCAGGCCAAGCAACCUCAUCGGUACAAAACCAAGAGCUCCGACAUCACUUCAUGACAACAGCUUUGCGGUCAUUCAAAAAAGGGAUUACAUUUUUAAGAUGUGUUUACACACCAUUGUCAGUCGGAAAUGUGUGACAAUCAUCCCUUGGCUGCGACAACACACUUGUUUUGCCAUUACCUUACACCCCUAUUCAUCACCUAGUGUCGUUGCACUGUACAGAAUAUUUAAUGAUCUCAAGCAGUGAUCACAGAACAAUGUCGAGUGGUUUACAUGUCUUGGAAAUAAAAUGCUGAAGAUAGACGCGCGACGCAGAUUUUUAUCGGUUUAUAACCACUUGGUAGGUUUGUGGCACUUUGCAUUACACUGAAGGUUGGAAUUUCCAUCUGUUACGCUGUUUAGUUAGUUUCACUCAUAGAUCUUUACUCAGAUGCAACUUCUCUAUAAUUGGAGUAACAGAAAAUGUCUUCCAACAAAAUCAUCCCUUCCCAUCCUAAAUUCACAUUGUCUCCAAAUACAGAUGUCGGAAUUUGUUGCAAGGAACUAUGAUAUGUGAUUCCAAUCAGGAGAAGACUUGCGUUGUUAUUUGAAGUGCUCCCUCCUACACUUUUAUAAGCAUUUAUUUUUGACCAACCUACUAAGACUUGCUUUGUCUGUCUUUCCUUGGGUAACUUUUUCAAUGUUGUUAUAAAUAAAGCUGUUCAAGGCAUCUUAUUUAACAAAUA